AUGCGCGGCAGGGCGGAGCGGAGCGCGGCGGGCGCGGAUGCAUCCAUGAAGGGGGGGCGGCAGGGCGGGUCCUGCGGGCUGGGCUGCUGCUGGCUGGCCGCCUGGCUGCGCCUCGCGGCGGAGAUGAUCUCCGGCGCGGGCGGGCUGCCCGCCGUCGACUUCGCCGAGUGGGAGGAAGACAGGCAGCAGCACCGCGGGGCGGCAGGCCAGCGAGCCACGGCGGCGGGUCGCGAUAGCGGCGAGACCAUGGACUACAACGGCUUCCUGGAAGGCGAGGAUGAGGGCGUCGGGAUCGGCGCGGUGCCGGUCCUGUGGAGCAAGCCCAUUUCGGGGCUGGCUGUCGAAUCCCGCCAAAGGGCGGCCGAACAGGCGGAGCAGAUUCCGGCGGGAGGCAGGGCCCCGGGCGCCUGGGGCUUCAUGGACAUCCUCGGUUCGUGGCCGGUGAUAACCGGCUCGGAUUCGAAUGGACUGAAGCUGGAGGUUUGCACCAACACACACACGCAGUGCAUGACAACUGGGGUGAGCGCGCUGGUCAGGGCAGUGGGAGAAGCUGCUGAAAGCGGAAAGGAUCCAGAGCAGUCCACUGAAGGCCUGGGUGGGACCUACUUCAUCCGGAAUGGCAUGGACAAGACAGUGGCAAUAUUCAAGCCAUGUGAUGAGGAGCCCAUGGCCCCAAACAACCCCAAAGGUUUUGUCGGGCGUUCACUUGGGGCGGCCGGUCUGAAGCCCACAGUUCGGGUUGGGGAGGCAGCCAUUAGGGAAGUUGCGGCAUAUUUGCUGGACAAAGGCUUUGCAAACGUGCCACACACAUUACUGGUGCGUGCAAGCCACCCGUGCUUCCACUAUGCCACCACCCCCUUGGAUCCCUACACCGAGUCAAGCGACCUGUCCAUUUCAGUUUCUCCACAAACAGAACUUUCACUUAGUGCCGAGGGCCCCCACCACCUCAAGGUCGGUUCCCUGCAGGAGUAUGUGUCACACAUGUGUGACACAUCAGAGAUUGGCAGCUCCAGGUUUAAUGUGGGGGACGUCCAUCGUAUUGGCAUCCUUGACGUGCGCCUGUACAACACAGACAGGCAUGCAGGAAACAUCCUGGUGCGGAAGCCCUCAGGAAAGGGGGCCAGGAGUGGUGCGGCCCGGCUGCAGGAGAGCCAGUAUGAGCUUGUGCCAAUAGACCAUGGGUUCUGCUUGCCAGAGGCGCUGGAGCCGCCGUACUUUGAGUGGCUGUACUGGCCGCAGGCCAUGCUUCCCUUCUCAGAGGAGGAGCUCCAGUACAUCGCCAACCUGGACUUCAAGGCUGACAAGAAACUGCUCAUGUCAGCCCUACCCAUCCUGCCCGUGGAGUGCCUGCGCACCCUGGAGGUCACCACGCUCCUUCUCCAGCGUUGUGCGGCAGCAGGCCUGUCACUGCAUGAGAUAGGCGAGGUCAUGAGCAGGCCAAUGGUGGCCCUGGACAGUGAGCUGUCUGAGCUGGAGAGGAUCUGCAGACUGACCAAGCAGGAGGUCAUGGUCCACAUGUGGAAUUGCGGUCUGGGCAUCUCCAUGAGCGACUCAGAUGGUGAGGUGAGUAGCUACUCAAGGAGCCCACGCCCAGUGAGGGGGGACGAGCUGCAGUUCUGCAUUGAUGAUGUGCAAGGGGAGCAGAGGGCACAAGAUUUCGAUGACAUGCCGCCAUCUCACACCACCUUUGAUGAAAGCUCGCGGCUGGGCUGCUGCUCCACAAGCAAGCAGCUGCCUUCUGAUGCCGAGCCCCUGGAGUCCUCCUUCGUUCGCCUGACUGCCUGCCCACCGCCGAUGGCUGAGCAGGCAGCCAAGCACUCCCCAAGGGCUCCUGUGGGGCGCGUCAUGGCUUGCCACAAGGCCACAAGGUCGGUCUCCCUGCAACUGCCCUCAGCACACCAGCACCGCCCCAUGGGCUUGCAGGGGCAGCUGCGGCAGCGCAAGCUGAGCAUGCAGAUCAGCAGGCCCAUACAGGGGUUGCCACUUGCCUACCCCCCACCUGUGGAGGGAGCGGCCCCCUCCAGCGCAAAUGACAUCUUCAGCCACAUGGGCGAGGAGGACUGGGGCGUGUUCAUGGAACUGCUGACUGGCCACAUCCAGGAAGCACUGGACGAGGGCCUGUGGAGGACGCAGGAGCGUGUGAAUGGUCGGGGCCAGUCGGCGACGAAUUUCGGGACGUCUUGCCCGAAGUUCUGA